AUGUCGCUGCCACAACCAAUUUCCGCGUUUGACGGAGACGACGUAUCGACACUGCAUGACCUUGUCGCCGUGCCGUCCCCGAUGGCACAUGGUCGUCAUUCCGAGUGGAAAGACACGGAUUUUCUCGCCGCGCGCCACCGCGCAUCGCAGAACGUCGCAGCGGCACAGUGCAGUCUAACCGGCGACUUAACCAAUAGUCACAGUCUGAGUUGCGACAGCAUCCCCAUUCUCGAGCCCGAAUCGCGCCCACCCAUAGCUUCGAGGAUUUUGGAGCGGCGCGCCUCUGAGCGCAACCGCUUCCCCCGGGACGACUAUUUCACUUCCCGCGGCGCCAUCGCCUCGACCUCCGAGAACACCGCGAAUGUCGCGACCGCGACCAAGAAAAUCGCGUCGCGAGGGCGAGAAUUCGUGCGAUCCCUGAGCGAAUUCCCGCCAUCGCUGCAUCUGGGGAGUGGUGGAACAAAUAGUACUUGCAGCGGUCCGACAAGCGUGCUCCGAGUCGGCGGAACCGGCGGCUACGCUAUUGCCGACUUUCACAUCGAUUAUUCUGGACAGCUCAGCGCGAAAGAUGAUUCUGACGCGGCAACGUCGUUGGUGGAUCGGCUAGAUCUCUUUCCAGAUCCCGAACCGAUCCUUUUUCUCCUUCCCGACGGAUCGGUGCGCUUCUUCUGCCGCGGCGCGCGCGAUCCGCUGCUUCGCGUCGCCGACGUCAUGCGCGAGUACCCGGGCCUGCACGUCGGCGUCGCUUCGGGGAGCCGCGCUUCACUCAGUCUCGAUCCAGCAUCCGUCCUUCUCUCUGCUCCGAGCGCUACUUAUUUUCUCCAUCCGCCUCACCCGGCUGCGAGCACCCGCAGUGGCAUUGCGAGGGGCAUGUCGACUAAGAUUGCUGCUGCUGGUAGUGGAGGGUGGAUUGCCGCGGACAAUUCCGCAGCCCGCGGCUCUGGAUCAGUCGGCGACGGCGCCGCGUUUUGCGGCGCGUUGGAAGACGCAGAUCGCAUGAUUCGAGGCAUCGAAUUGCAGCUCGAUCGGUUCGAGCGGCGGUUGCGGCGGGAAUUCAGCGUCGGCAUCGCUCCCGCUGCGGCGGGCACGGCGGCAACUGCGGCUGCGUGUUCCGACUGUACAGCUAGUGCGACUCGUUCCAGCAAUGACGAAAGCGACUCGGAGUCGUUCCUAAUGGCAGCAGCAGCUGCCGUCUCACAGCCUUUCAGUGCGGAGUGCAAUAAUAUCGCACGCGAAUCGGCAUUGAGCCUUUCAGGCCCGCUUCCUUUCGCGGCGUAUCCCGCAAGAAGCAGCAGCCUCGCGCUAAACCCUUCCCCCCUGCCGUUAUCUCCUCCUGAGAGCCCGCGCGCUGCUUCCGCCCGCCCGCCCCCGCGCCUGCAUCUUGCGCCUGCCACGCCCCCCCUCGCGCCGACGCCAGCAAGCCCCUCCUCCCCGCGCCUCUCCGCGCGGUCGCGAACAGAGCCGCGCAACAGCAACCGCAACCGCAACCGCUACGGCGAUCGCGACGCGCUGACUGGCGACCCUUCCCCGAUCGCUACCAGCAGGCGGAGCAAUACGGGCGGUAGACACUACUUCGGUAACCCUGGCAGCGCUAGCAGCAGCGAAAGCGGCAGGCGCGGGAGUAGUGUGUACCCUAGGUCGUCCUCCUCCCCGUCAUCCUCCUCGCCCCCCACAUCCUCCCCGUCCCCGCCCUUCUCUUGCGCCACGCCCGCGUCCUCACAUUCGCACUCCCUGUGGCGCGGCGCCUCAUCCUCCUCCAACUCCUCCUUGCUCUCCUCCUCCUCUUCUUCCUCGUCAUCUAUCGCACUCUCCCGCCCGUCGUCCUGCUCGUGUGCAGGCGCGUCCUCUGGCUUCUCCUCCUUCGCCUCCUCCACCUCCUCCACCUCCACCUCUCCUCUCCCCACCAGCUCGCCGUUCUCCCUCAAAUCCGCCUCGUUCUCGUCCUUCUCCUCUUCCUUGAACUCCCGGAUUAAUCGCCACCACUCCAAAUCAGCAGACAGCAAUGAGAGCAGCAGCUCUUACAGCAACCCGACCUCGGUUGUGGAUCUGACUUCCGAUGUAAGCACAGGCACGGGAAGGUUUUUCAGCAGCAUCAACAGCAGUGGUGGUGGUGGAAGUGGCGGCACCGGCGGCGGCAGUGUAACCGGCGGCAGAAUUACCAGCUGCAAGCUUUGGCCGGCCUGCCUCACGCCUCCUCGCACAAGGGGCGACUACUCUGCACCAUAUGAGGGGCAGGCACAUGAGCAUACUGCACGCAGACAUUGUACCCGCAAGGCCCCGCUUCACCACCGCAGUCGAAGCAUCAGCUUUCUCUGCGGCAGCAGCAGCGGCGGCGGCGGUAGUGGCGGUUCUAUAGCUGAAGAUGAUGUGGAUACGGCAGUGGGUAUAAGCUCUGUGAUGGCAAGUCCACAUCAGGCCGUGCCUGCACAAACCAGAGCCAGUCAGCAGCGCAGGAAGCCAAAGACCAAGGCAAGCAGGAGCGACAGCGAGCUUUUCAAUGACGCAGCGUUCGAGGCUCAGUUUUGUGAAGUCGAACAAGGCGAACUGGAUUCCGGUGUGGAGAGUCAGGAUGAGGGCAACGGAGGUGUAAUUAUGGCUUGUGGGCCGGUGUAUCCCCUCUCUCCUUUGUGGAGGCCUAGUGGCCAACAUGGUAUAAGGUGA